CAUUCGCCAGCCAGUAGCUCUAGCCACCACCUCCACAGGAUCGGAGGAGGCGAAGCCAACCGGCCUCGGAAUUCGUGGGUGCUUGUUCCCCCCUCCGCUUCCUCUCCCCUGAUCUUCCCCGCUGCUGAUCCGGGCUCCACACCCGAAAGUGCGCGCCCAUUUUGGGGCUCUAGUGCUUGGAGUCUUCCGGGUUGCACCAAAUUUGGCCUUUUUUAGGUGGGAAGCUUGGAUCCUUUCGGAUGUGGAUUUGGUUGCGGGGGUCUGUUGGGACGGUGGUUUUGUGCUGAUAGGGGGGAUCUUGGAGGAUUACCUCGUCAAACCCCAUCUUCCUCCCCCGUCUGAUUCGAUGAGUUGUGGGUGUCUCCUCCCAAUCCGAGAUUGCAGGAGAUGGUUGCCGCAGUAGCAGCUUCGCUGAGAUCUUUCACACCCUUGUCCACCUAUCAGUCUCCUUCCCCUGACCUCCGGCUCCAUGCCGUCGUCAGGGACUCGUCGGCGUACACCAGCCGGCCACCACCGCAGGUGCAGCAGACAGCAAGUGGCGGCGGCGGUAAUGGGAGGAUUAGCCCUGCGGUGCUGUUCAUCAUCGUGAUUCUUGCGGUCAUCUUCUUCAUCUCCGGCCUGCUCCACCUCCUGGUGAGGCUGCUGAUGAAGAAGCAGCACCGCCGUGGAGCCGAGAGUGCCCCCUCGCCGCACAACCGGCAUGUCGGGCGGGACGCCGCAAUGGACCGGCAGCUUCAGCAGCUGUUCCACUUACAUGACUCUGGGCUCGACCAGGCGUUCAUCGACGCCCUGCCGGUGUUUGCCUAUCGCGACAUCGUUGGUGGCGACAAGGAGCCGUUUGAUUGUGCUGUGUGCUUGUGUGAAUUCGACGGGGAGGACAGGCUCAGGUUGUUGCCGGUGUGUGGCCAUGCCUUUCAUCUGCAUUGUAUAGAUACAUGGCUGCUGUCCAAUUCGACGUGCCCACUCUGUCGUGGUACGCUCUAUGUCCCCGGUUUGACGAUAGAGAGCUUGAUGUUUGAUUUUGAUGAGAGGUUAGAGGAGGGCAGGCUGUCGGAGGAGUGCGAGGAUGGGUUCCAGUCCAACAGACACAAGCCCAUGGACGAGGAACAGACAGUACCUGAGAAGAGAGUUUUCCCUGUAAGGCUUGGGAAGUUCAAGAAUGUUGGGAACACUGCUGUGGGUGGUGUUGAAAAUGGCAGUGCAGCUGGUAUAGUGAGUAGGGAACCAGGGGAGAGUAGCAGUAGCAGCUUGGAUGCGAGGAGGUGCUUCUCCAUGGGCACUUACCAGUAUAUUCUUGGGGCUUCUGAACUUCGAGUGGCUCUCCAGCCAGGUCGUAACAAAAAUGGCGUAGGGAGCAGGUUGAAGGGAAGAGCUGUUGGCAUAAGCUCUGUCAAUGCUGAAAUUAUGGAGGGCAAGAGGAUUUGUGCAAAGAACAAAGGCGAGAGCUUCUCCAUGUCAAAGAUUUGGCAGUGGUCUAGUGUGAAGGGGAAGCUGCCAGCUGGUUCAGACAAUUGCUCAGAAUCGGGGAGCUUUCCAUGGAUGAAAAGAGAUGCUACUGGAGAUAAGUCAAAUAUGUGACACUGUCUAUAGUUCUUUCUUUUGUAGUGCUGGCUGUUGAAUUUCUUAACUAUAGCUAUUCUUUUGGUCUGAUUUCACAUGUGUAUGUCUUUCACUGGAAUGACCAUUCCCAUCGAAAGAUAAUUUUUGACAGGCUUACAUAUUGCAACUUAACUGUGAUUAUUCAGGAUGAUGCAAUUUCCAAUGUUGUCUUGUAUGAUGA